AUGAUCGGACUACGGUCAUCGACGCGUGUCGCGAAGCGCGCUUUUGCUUCAAUUGCUGCGCAUCCAAUUCAGCUUCCGCAAGCUGGUCCCUUGUUUUCCCUACCCCAACAUCAAAUCGUCGACGAAGAGAAGUGGCCCGGGUACAAAGAAAACGCUAAACACUUCUACCCUGCACGUCCAGGGGAGAUUCUCGGCAACCAAUUCCAGCUGUUGACAAAGUUGGGCUGGGGAGUAGGAUCAACAGUAUGGCUGGCACGGAAUAUGAGAGCAGAGGGAGAUCAAGAGGAAACUGUGACAUUGAAGAUUCUGAACAACGGCAGUCGGAGCAAGAAUGAACGUCAGCGGGCUCUCGAGGAGCAAAUUACGCAGCAAAAUUUGUCGCAUCGGGGCUGGUACUCUAUACGACCUUGCUACGGGCACUUUGAAAUUCCAAGCUCGGAACAGGAUCCGCAUUUAUGUCUGAUCUAUGAGCCUCAACGCGAAACCAUGCUUCGCUUCCAGGAUCACUUUACAGGCAGGAAGAUUCCUCUCCCGAUCGCUAAGGCAUAUAUCACUUGCCUUCUUUUAGGUGUGGAGUAUUUGCAUGCCGAAUGCAGGGUUAUUCAUACCGAUUUGAAGCUGGAAAAUAUCAUGAUGACUUUCGAGAAUGAGGAAGUUCUUCCUAGAUUCAUCAAGAGAGCCGUCAUUGAUACGCCUAUGUCAUACAAGAAUGAUCCAACAACUGGCCGCAUCCUUUACCGCUGUCACAACAAUUUUGGCAGCCUAUACCCUGAUGAUGCCCAGAAUAUCAUGCCCAAGAUCACUGAUUUUGGAGCUGCUAAAAUGCUUCCCGAAUGUCACCCAGACGACAAAUCAAAGAUCGGAGAGGUAUUACUCGACCCUAUCCAACCAAACUACUACCGCUCGCCCGAAGUCAUCCUAGGGUAUGGCUGGAAUUACAGUACGGAUAUUUGGAACUUUGGUGUUCUGCUGUGGAAUAUCAUUGAAGGCGCAGAGCUAUUCACCCAAGUUGAACAUCCCAACAGCGACUACAAUUCCGCAUCACAUCUAGCCGAGAUGAUAGCCUUACUUGGUCCACCGCCAAAGGAAGUAAUCGAAAGGUCGAACUAUUUCUCGCAGCAUGAUUUUGACUAUCCCAUUUCCCUCGAGCCGGGAAGAUCUUGCAAAAAUAUCCGAGAGCUUUUUUGCGGUCCUCACUUUGACGAAGAAGGCGAGUUUCUCCAUAAGCAACUGGUACCAAACCGGAAGUUGGAAGACACAGUCCCAUCACUCAAAGGCGAGGAAAAGGAGCUGUUCUUGUCAUUUGCUAGGGAUAUGCUCACUUGGGUUCCGGCAGAGAGGAAAAGCGCCCGUGAGCUCAUAGAACACCCAUUCCUCAGUUUUGGAGGACGUGACCACCGACACUAUAUUUGA